CAAUAGUACUGCGGCACAACAUAAGGAGGGCGGAGAGCACGCGUGAGAUGGUUGUGCUUGUAUCGAAGGAGAUUUCAGAGGAGAUCAGGCGAGGACUGAGGGAGGCUGGGUGUCGAGUGAAGGAGAUAGAGAGGAUAAGAAACCCGAACGCUGAGGAGGGGGCUUAUAACGAGUGGAACUACAGAGGGUGGGGAGCUUGUGAUGGGAUGAUGAUGAUACUGAUGAUGAUGAUGAUGAUGAUGAUGAUGAUGAUGAUGAUGAUGAUGAUGAUGAUGAUGAUGAUGAUGAUGAUGAUGAUGAUGAUGAUGAUGAUGAUGAUGAUGAUGAUGAUGAUGAUGAUGAUGAUGAUGACGAGGAUGAUGAUGAUGAUGAUGAUGAUGAUGAUGAUGAUGAUGAUGAUGAUGAUGAUGAUGAUGAUGAUGAUGAUGAUGAUGAUGAUGAUGAUGAUGAUGAUGAUGAUCAUGAUGAUGAUAACUCCCUUCUCCUCCACUUGUCCACUUCAUCCCCACCCGUCUGUCCCCUCUUCUCAACCCCUCUUCUCAACCCCUCUUCUCAACCCCACUUCUCAACCCCUCUUCUCAACCCUCUUCUCAACCCCUCUUCUCAACCCCUCUUCUCAACCCCACUUCUCAACCCCUCUUCUCAACCCCUCUUCUCAACCCCACUUCUCAACCCCACUUCUCAACCCCUCUUCUCAACCCCUCUUCUCAACCCCACUUCUCAACCCCUCUUCUCAACCCCACUUCUCAACCCCUCUUCUCAACCCCUCUUCUCAACCCCACUUCUCAACCCCUCUUCUCAACCCCUCUUCUCAACCCCUCUUCUCAACCCCUCUUCUCAACCCCUCUUCUCAUCUCAUCCAGUUCCCCACUGCCCACCACGACUCAGUGACGCCCCUGGCAUCCCCGGCCACCUUCGGCAUUUAUGUCGCGAUACACGGAGAUCUGCCCCCCCAGACGGCCUUUGCAGUGCUGGCGCUCUUCAGCAUCAUGGACUCCGUCACCCCCCUGGCAUCCCUGGCCACCUUUGGCAUCUAUGUCGCGAUACAUGGGGACCUGCCCCCCCAAACAGCUUUCGCGGUGCUGGCGCUCUUCAGCAUUAUGGUCCGAAUCUUCUUCAUCGCCCCCACCGGCCUGCAGUUCGCUGGCGAGGCCGUCGUAGCUGUUGACCGGCUUGAAAAGUUUCUCGCGCUGCCCGAAGGGCAGGGCGGCUGCCUGGAAGAGAAGAGGCUGGAGCUGAAAGCAGAGGUGGAACCCGAGGGCAUAGUUGUGGCUCUCCAAGACGUGUCGUUUUCCUGGAAGCUGCCGUCCAGCGACCAGAAGGAGGCAGCAGGGGGGGAGAAGCGGCAAGGGGCGAGAGGGCUGUGGAGGAAGAGGGUUCUUGCACGGAAAUGGGGGAGGGCCGGUGGGGAGGAGGGUGGGAGCAGAGUAGAGGACACGGGGAAAGAGGAGACGAAUGGGGACGAGGCUACUGGGGACGUUCAGCCAGAAUGCAUGCAAGGAGUGGGCAAGGAGGGUGAUCAGGGAGGGGUGCUGAAUGAUCCACAAGAGCCUGCUGCUGCUGCUGCUGCUGCCAGAGCAGGUUUCUGCCUGCAGCGAGUGUGUCUGCGAGUGGAGAGAGGCGCGGUGGUGGCAGUGACAGGGGCUGUGGGCAGCGGCAAGUCAUCGCUCCUCCAGGCCAUUCUCGAGGAGAUGCAGUAUGUGGACGGCGCUAUGUAUGUCAGCAGCAGGGGGCACGUGGCAUAUGCAGCGCAGCAGCCGUGGAUUCUCAAUGCCACGGGUUAGCUACAGUAAUAAAUAGACUCAAAAUCA